UCCCGAUUCUGCACAAUAUACAUUGCAGUUUUUCAGGGGUUUUCAGUGUUUACAAUGAGCAUUACCGAAAAACAAUUUAAUUGGGAUGCUUGCAAGUGAGAAUUGUAGCGUGGCUGUGUUCAAUGUGCAAUCUUAUAACAGUAAUCCUCUAGCGUGAUAAUUGUUUAGUAAGAUGUUAAGCAGGUUUUCCGAUGUCCUGCAAUCGGCAGCAGACGUCCUGGCACCUCCAGCCACCCGCUUAGAGGACUUUGAAUACCACUGGAAGAUGAUAAUAAACUUUUACCAGAACUAUGAUGACAAUAGCAAAGGGCACAUAGAAGAUACCAGGAUCCCGCACCACUUACACCAAAUGUUGCAGUUAAUAGUAGAUGAAGAAAAAGAGCAGCAAGGUGGUACCGUCGGCCCUUGCCUAGAGGCGAUAGUUCAGCGCUCCAUCUCACUACUGGACGCCCUGGCGGCGUUGGCGGCAUCGGACCGACCACCAGGAGCUCGUGCGUUAGCAUUGAGCGCAGCAUCGGCACUGUUGCGCCGAACACGACAGCCCUGCGUCAAUAGCGUUCAUGUCUACCGCCCUCUGCAGCGUAUGCUUAUACAAUGCAACGAGAGCCCCGCUUCCCCAACCGAAAAGGAAGAGGUUGAAUUACUCCUAACGCUCUGCGGCCUUGUACGAAAAGAGCCCGGCUUAGCUAACAUCUUCACAACACCAUUCGUCGAGGACAAAUCCAGCUUACUAAGCACACCAGAGGAUAUACAGAAGUUAAUACCGAUUAAAAGUAAAGUUCAAACGCCAAAGAAGAAUCCUUUAUUCGAAGUGGAGUUACCGCCGAAUCCUUUAAGAAAUGUUUCUAUAAUAAGGGCGAUGGGGGACUGUAACAGCAGUUGUUCGGCGGACGACAACGCGUCGUCUAAGAGCCAUAAGACCGUGUAUGAUGAUAAUGACAAGUUUCUGUUGAUAGAUUUGUUGUUGUCGUAUUUGAAUAGCGCUGACAACCAAGUAGUCCUAAGAGCGUGUGAAGGCAUCAUGAUAGUGUCGUCUCUCCCAGACGAUGACAUCGCCAACCUAGUGACGACCUGUAGUCCGGCGUGCGAGCUGAUUAUCGAUAAAUUGGCCGACAAAUAUAAGGCCAUACCGGCCAAUGUUGACCCUAACGACAUCGACCAUUUGAACAUCACUUGGGCGUACGUAGCACAAGACUUCGGCGACAAGGACUACAACAAAUUCCACGGCUACAGAGAACUGACGAGCUUCUUCUCCUGGCUCGACUACUGCGAUACUCUAAUGAAGGAAUGCCACCCAACUAUAUCGGCGCACCUCUCCCGAACGUUCCGUCAGAACUUUUUAGAAGGAGCCGCGGAAGCAGGACUGUCAGACGCACUUCGAGCCCUACGGGUCACCGCCGUGCUCAGCAAGUGCCUCAAGCUGGUCGACUCCACGGACCUCGCCCUAGAGUUCUCCAACUGGCUAGUGGGCGACGGCGAGCUGUCAGAAUGGCCGCUUCUCCACACGCUCAUUACAAACUGUCUCACCGACAACCACGACCUCACGCUGGAGACACUGAGGUUCUUUGAGACAAUAGUAGAGAAAGGCACUGAGCACAGCAUCCACAGACUAGUGUUGUCUCGCGUGUGCUCUCGCGGCUACGUGGCCCCACCCCCUCCCGACGACGACGAGCGAGACAGACUCAACGACGUCUCGCUGUGGCGGGAGCGAGAGAGGAACAGGGAAGCGAUGAAGCAGCUGCAGCACGAAGACCACGUGAACGAGCAGAUCAGCGACAUCCUGCAGCACGAAGGCCUGCAGCCCGAGCCUCAAGACUCCGAGAACAUACACAGGGUUAUCAAUAGCUUCCUGCUGCUGCUGCCGCGCGCCAUCUUGUCCGACCCGGUGGGCGCCGACUAUGAGCAUUACAUACACGAUGCGCAUAGGCAUUAUCAGUUCUGGCUGGACGUAACGUCCACGUUCAACUGGCCGUCGGACGCCUACGCCGACAACACGGCCUCCUCCACCCACAGCUACGACAGCCGCCCCGAGGCGGACUUACACCUCGACGACGUCUUCCAACACAAGGACGCCCCCUGCCACAAGUGCGAACAGAACGAAUGUUUCACCCAAAGACUCGUCCUGAGAAGCCAAGAUUUAAACACAAACGAUGAGGAGGAUUUCGACGAAGGACCGUUCUUCAGAAUGCUUUUCAAACUACUCGCAAACAUGCCCAACCAACCCUACCAGUUAAACUUACACCUCACAUCAAUAAUAUCUAAGCUAGCUUUACUCCCACACCCGAAUUUACACGAGUUCUUACUCAAUCCGAUGUUACCGACUUCUAAAAAGACGGUUACGUUGUUCAAAACGCUGCAAGAGUUAGCGAAGCGGCUGACCAUGGAGAUACCGAGGCUGAGGAACUAUAAGAAGGUGAUAGAGAAUACGAGGCUGCAUUUGAUGAGUGAAGAUCCUAUAUUUGAUGAAAGCUGCGACCACAACCAACUGGUGGAAAGUCUAAUAGUCCUAGAAGAAUUCUGUAAAGAGCUCGCCGCUAUAGCCUUCGUGAAGUACCAGCAUGCUCACGUCAACAGAUAAGACUACCUACAGUGCAGAGGGCCUACCGCGAAC